AUGACAUAUUACCCGUGCCUCUGCAUUUUACUUAUAGUAGCAUCGUUAGGAGAGGUGAAGGCGUCAGAUCAGUCAUUUGCCUUGUGUGGUGGUCAGAAGGGCUUCAUCCGCUGUUGGAGAGGAACCAAGAUUCAGAUCAAGUCCGCCAACUACGGACGAACAGAUAAACAGGUUUGCCCUGGAAGUAAAUCUGACAUAAAUACCUGUCGUUCAAAGACAACAGAACUCAAGGUGAAAUGGAACUGUAAAGGAUAUAGGACCUGUCACCUUCAUGCUGCUGAUCAGUACUUUGGAGACCCCUGUCCUGAUUAUUCCAAAUAUCUGGAAGUUAAAUACCGGUGUGUGAAGAGUCCAAAUCCCCAAAUUAAAGAGAAAUCAAUGAUUGCCUUCAAUGCGUACAUAACCAAAAGAUUACAUCUUCAUAGAGACACCCCAGUUAAUAUUGUAUAUGAUGGUGUUUAUUACAACUUUGGAAAUGCGUACAAUCCUCACAGUGGAUUUUUCACAGCGCCAUCUAACGGACUCUAUGUGUUUACUUGGACAAGUUUCAUUGGUGAAAAAAAUUUUGGUGCUCAAAUUCUUGUAAAUGGAGUCAAUAAAGGAUACGGAAACUGUAAUAAUGAACACAGCUCAGGUUACGAAAAUUGUGCAAAUACUGUACCCUUGGUUCUGAAAGCUGGAGACAAAGUGAACAUUAGGACUACAAAUGCAAACAAUUUGGUAGAAAAAUGGUCUAGUUUUAAGGGAUGGAAAGUAAAAUACAAGACAAAGAUGACAUAUUACCCGUGCCUCUGCAUUUUACUUAUAGUAGCAUCGUUAGGAGAGGUGAAGGCGUCAGUUCAGUCAUUUGACUUGUGUGGUGGUCAGAAGGGCUUCCGCUGUUGGAGAGGAACCAAGAUUCAGAUCAAGUCCGCCAACUACGGACGAACAGAUAAACAGGUUUGUCCUGGCAGUAAAUUUGAUAUAAAUACCUGUCGUUCAAAGACAACAGAACUCAAGGUGAAAUGGAACUGUAAUGGGUACAAAACAUGUCACCUUCAUGCUGCUGAUCAGUACUUUGGAGACCCCUGUCCUGAUUAUUCCAAAUAUCUGGAAGUUAAAUACCGGUGUGUGAAGAGUCCAAGUCCACAAAUUAAAAAGAAACCAAUGAUUGCAUUCCAUGCGUACAUAACCAAAAGAUUACAUCUUCACAGAGACACCCCAGUUAAUAUUGUAUAUGAUGAUGUUUAUUACAACUUUGGAAAUGCGUACAAUCCUCAUAGUGGCUUUUUCACAGCGCCAUCUGACGGAUCCUAUGUAUUUACUUGGACAAGUCUCGUUUAUAUGAAAAAGAUCUUUGAUGCUCAUAUUCUUGUAAAUGGAGUCAAUAAAGGGUAUGGAAACUGUAACAAUGGAAUUGGUUUGAGUCUUGCAGAUUGUGCAAAUACAGUACCUUUGGUUUUGAAAGCUGGAGAUAAAGUGAACAUUCGUACUACAAACGCAAAUGACUUGAUGGACAAUUGGUCUACUUUUAAGGGAUGGAAAGUAAAAUUAAGAUUGUCUGGAAACUCUAUCAUUGUUUUGAUGAUCUAUGAGCGCUGUGAAAAUAAUGGGCAGACCAAUUGA